AUGGAACGUAACUCGUGUUUCUUUCAUUCUCAUAUUCCCAUUGCUUUCUCCUCCCUUCCCCAUAUUCUUCCUUCGGUUACAUCUUUAUUAUCUCUUUAUGGUUUCUACCACUUCCAUGGCUUCUUCUUCAUUCAAACCGGUGAAGGUUCUACAACGGUGCAAAGUCGCACCACCGCCGGGAUCCGUCACCCUGGUGGAUUGCACCACUAUCCUCUCACCUUCUUUGAUAUACAUUGGUUACCAUUGCCACCCGUGGAAUUGCUCUUCUUCUAUGACUUUUCCUACUCAUUAUCUGAAUUCACUCAUACUCUCCUUCCCCACCUCAAACACUCACUCUCUUCCACCCUCAUCCAUUUCUACACUCUUGCAGGUAAUCUUUCAUGGCCUACUCAUGAACCCACCAAUAACAAGCCCAUUAUCAGUAACACAGAAGGUGACUCUGUCUCAUUCACUGUCGCCGAGUCUGAUGCCAACUUCUAUCAUCUCUCCGCCAACCACCUAAAAGAUGCCGCUGAAACACGCCCCCUCGUCCCUCAUUUGCCAGUCAAUGAACCUAUUGUGCCCAUGUUGGCAAUAAAAGUCACAGUUUUCCCAAAUUCUGGUAUUUGUAUUGGAGUUGCACAUCACCAUUCCAUCUGCAAUGGAAGAGCAUUCUCCCACUUCAUGAAGACAUGGGCUUCGUUGUCCAAGUUAGGAGAUGCAUCUCCAUCUUUAUCACCCGACUCCCUCCCAUUCUCAGAUAGAACUGGAAUUAAAGACCGUGACGGCAUCUCAGAUAGAUGCUUGAACGAGUUAGAUAGAUUCAUGAAGAGGUCUUCUGAUCAAUUCCCGGUGGUGUCUGAAAUGAACCACCAAAGAUUAAGAGUGAUGGAUAUCAAACUCCAACCCAACAUGGUUCGAGCUACCUUCGAGCUAAAUCAAGCAAGUUGUAGGAGACUCAAGGAGUUGGUCUUCGCUCAAUACAAGAAGAAGAAGGAUCAUGAUCAACAAACACAAUCUAUGAUUCCUCCAUCCAGAUUGGUGUCCAUUUGCGCCUACACAUGGGUGUGUUUGUUAAAAGCAGAAGCAAAAGCUGGGGAAUCCAAGAGUAUUGAGACUCGUUUUGUGGUUAAUGCUGAUUGUAGGGCUCGGCUGGACCCUCCAAUGCCAAAAUCAUAUCUUGGUAAUUGUGUUAAACCUGUUGUGGUGAUUGCCAGAAAAACUGAUUUCAUGAGAGGAGAUGGAUUUGCUGUGGCAGCACAGUUAAUUGGAGGUGCAGUUCAUAAGGGAGUGGUGAACAAUCCAGAUAUUUUAAAUGGACUAGAGAAUGGAGUUUCAGAUUUGUUGGAGGUGCAGUCUAGUCGAGUUUUGGCUGCAUCUGGGUCACCCCAGUUUGGUCUUUACGACACAGAUUUCGGGCUUGGAAGGCCGAAGAAAGUGGAGAUGGCAUCCAUUGACAGAACAGGAGCUAUGUUCCUGAAAGAGAGCUCUAAUUUGGAUGAUGGUGGGUUAGAGUUUGAUUUGGUACUGAAUAGGAAACAAAUGAAUGCCUUUGUUUCUUUGUUUAUUGGUGGGCUUAAUGCUGCUCAGUGUAAGUCACCACAUCAGUAUUGCAGUGAAGCUAAUGGGUUCCUCUCAAUUACUGGUUCCAAGUAUGCGACUGAAAGGGCAUUGUUUGACAUGGAGGAUACUUGGGAUCAGGUCUCCUCACCUUCAUUGCUAAUGGAGACUGACAGAGUAGAUUUGUACAAAGACAAUACAGAGCCCACGUCUAACUGA